AUGACAUCCUUCACGACAUCUUCUUCUUCUUCCUCGCUCGUCCCCAAAACCCUACAUCCUGUAAGCCAAAUUACACGCUUCCCUACAAUCUCCAGCAUCCGCCUUGUCGGGAAAUGGAAUCAUCCUCUGAUCCGGAGCAUCUCCACCGCCGAUUCUCGCCGUUGGGUGGCGAUUGUCAAGGCUGCGACUGUGGAUUUGGAUUACUCGUAG